UGAAUAGAAAAAAAUCAAAUAAAUAAAUAAAUAAAAUUAAUGUAUCAAAAAAAAAAAAGAAAAAAGAUCAAAAUAAUCCAGUUAAAAUUCUGUUUUUGCGUGAAGGCUUUUUUUUCCCCGUAAAUUGAAAUAAUAGUCACAUGAAGAAGAAAACAAAAUCAUAAGCGAAACGAAAACGGAGCAUAAGAGUAAACCGAAACGAAUAUUUUAUAAUGAGAAAGUGAACGAAAGAGAAAAAGCGCCCAUUUUCACUGAAAUCAGUGUUACUGUUCAAUUACUAUUUUCUUUAUUCCAAAUAAAUAAAUGAACGAACGAAAAUUCUCCACUUCGAUUCCUAAACAACUUUUAAAUUAAAAAAAAAAUAAAGAAAAACAACCAAAAGACGGGGCCCGAAAUUCCAUGUUUGUUCUAUACUGUGAAACAGUGUACGAGCAAGUGAACUUGUCGUCAAGGGUAACGAAAACAGGUUGCGUGAUUCCGUUCCGGAUUUUGUAAACACCAUUACGUAGUAGUAUGUUGGUGGAAGGAGAAGAGUCGGGCCAUCAGAGCACUUGUCUCGCCUGUAAUUUUCAAGUCAGCCAAACGAAGGACGAGGUACUUGGAUAGGGUUGUUUAUAAAUAUUUUAGCUUCAAGCUACCGUGAAAGCCUUAAAAACGGAUAUUUUAUUUUCUCUCCCCACUCUCACCGUUCUACAAGGAUGAAAUAACCUUUGAUGAAAUGGAUUAAUUUUACCGUAAACACAUUGAAAGAUGCUGCUGCUACUGCCAAUGUCGCUGCUGCUGCUGCUAGAGGAAAUGUAACCAUAUCUUUAUACCAUUGCACUUAAGGGCUCUCAAGGUAUUAAAAAAAAGAAGAAAAUGAAAUUUCCUUAGUAAAAGUUAUCCAGACGGAAUUGGAAAGAAAAGGGGGAAGAAAAUAAAUUAUCAAAAAAAAAAAAAAAAAAAAAAAUAAAAUAGAAGUCAUUUCACUGAAGAAGAAGAAAAGAAAACAAGAACAAAAAGGAUAGAAAGAAAGAAAGAGAUAAAAGAGUAAUUAACAGAUUCUACAAUGGCAGCAGAUACUAUUUCACCAAAAUCCCCUCGUAAGGGUAAACUAAUCAACCUUCGAGUUAAAAUGCUUGAUGACACUCAACAUAUAUUCCAAGUACAGUCAAAAGCUAUGGGCAGUGUACUUUGGGAGUCUGUGAUAAAGUACUUAGAACUUAUGGAAGCUGACUACUUCGAUUUAGAGUACUAUGAUGAAACUAAUUUACAGUGUUGGCUGGAUCGAGAGAAACCCAUUUUAAAACAAAUUCCAAACACAGAUGUUGAGUUUCGAUUUGCUGUUAAAUUCUAUACCCCUGACCCUGGUUUGCUGGAAGAGGAAUAUACAAGAUAUUUAUUUGCUCUUCAAGUAAAACGGGACCUCAAAACUGAAGCAUUACCUUGCAGUGACAAUACAUUGGCUCUUCUAGCUUCUUAUAUAGUUCAAGCUGAAAUUGGUGACUUCUUAGAAGACGAAUAUUUAGAUGAAUCCUAUUUGAGUCUCCAUAAAUUUGUGCCUCAUCAAUCUCCUGAUCUCGAUCUUAAGAUUAUGGAAUAUCACAGACAACACAUUGGCCAAGGUCCUUCGGAGGCUGACUUAAAUUUAUUAGAUACAGCAAGGAAAGUAGAACAAUAUGGAAUACGAAAUUUUCCAGCGAAGGACCAUGAAGGCGUUCAUCUUAGUCUAUCGGUAGCACACAUGGGUAUUGUUGUAUUCCAAAACCUGACUAAAAUCAACACAUUUUCAUGGGCCAAAAUUAGAAAACUAAGUUUCAAACGCAAAAAAUUUCUGAUCAAGCUUCAUCCUGAAAACUAUGGUUACUACAAGGAUAUAGUGGAAUUCUUCUUUGAGAGUCGGAAUGAAUGCAAAGGAUUCUGGAAGAAAUGUAUAGAACACCAUGCAUUCUUUCGAUGCCACACAGUGAAAAAACUGCCACGGAAUAAAACCCGUGUUGUGAGUCGAGGGUCGUCAUAUCGGUAUAGUGGUAAGACACAGAAGCAACUAAUGGAAUAUGUCCGGGAGAAUUAUGUGAAGAAACGACCUUUUGAAAGGUCUGUGAGUGGUCGCAAUAGCAGAAGUACAAGUGCCACACCAAAAAGUCAUCAGAAAACAACUACUCUAAAUUCUUCAGAUUUCCAUGUCAGCCAGAACAGCACCGCCUCAAGUGGCUCGCAUGUGUUGGCUGAAAACGCACAGGACAACAACUGCAUCACUUCUUCGGCGAGGGUCGAAACUGCUGAGGUGCACAGUGAAAGUUCGUUGUCUGGAAGCCGCUCCUUGAAUUCACCAAAACUCGAGUCAGCACGCAGUCACAGCCAACCGGCUAUGGCUACCAAGCACGAUAAACUCGAGAACGACAAUGCCGACGAGAAUUGUGAGGAUGUCGGCGGCAGUCGAACAAAUGCCGCUCAAAGCAUAGAGAAUGCAGAGUCCAGCGAUCAUGUCCCCGGCAGAAGUGUUAAGUCAGAUUUCAAUGUUGUAAACUUGAAAAUUGAAGACUGAUGAUGCCAUUCCAUCAACCUGGGAACACUGGUUGCCCUCAUACAAAUUUUGGAUUUGAAUUUCUAUGUAUAACUUUGCAUUUUGAACUCAACAAAGAUAGGCUGGCUGUCGAAAUAUCAUUCAACCAAUAAAACUUCUACUGCAAUCACAU